GUUUUUUCGACGGCUCUUUCGGUACGUCUUCGUGUAGUCUGCGUGCUCAAAAUCUAGAUUGAGCCAUGGGUCGUGUAAUUCGCGCUCAGCGUAAGGGAGCUGGAUCUGUAUUCCGCUCUCACACCAAAAGGAGGAAGGGCGCACCAAAGCUCCGAUCUCUCGACUACUCUGAGAGACAUGGAUACAUCAAGGGUGUCGUGAAGGAAAUCAUCCAUGAUCCUGGUAGGGGUGCACCUCUUGCAGUAGUUCACUUCCGUGAUCCGUAUAAGUUCAAGACACGUAAAGAGCUGUUCAUUGCUCCUGAGGGCAUGUACACUGGACAAUUUGUCUACUGUGGAAAGAAAGCCACCCUUCACAUUGGCAAUGUUAUGCCAGUUGGACAAAUGCCUGAAGGUACCAUUGUCUGCAAUCUUGAGGAGAAGACUGGUGACAGAGGCCGAUUGGCCAGAGCAUCUGGUUUGUACGCCACAGUUAUUGCUCACAACCCUGACACAAAGAAAACUAGGGUGAAACUGCCAUCUGGAGCCAAGAAAGUUAUUCCAUCUGCUAACAGGGGUAUGGUUGGUAUUGUUGCUGGUGGUGGACGUAUUGACAAGCCUAUCCUUAAGGCUGGACGUGCAUACCACAAAUAUAAGGUUAAGAGGAACUGCUGGCCAAAGGUUCGUGGUGUUGCUAUGAACCCUGUUGAGCAUCCUCAUGGUGGUGGUAACCAUCAACACAUUGGUAAGGCCUCGACUGUCAAGAGAGGAACUAGCGCUGGUCGUAAGAUUGGUCUCAUCGCUGCUAGGAGAACUGGUAGGAUCAGAGGAGGCAAGACCGACGCAAAGAAGGAAGAUUAGACUAAACGCUAAUUUUAUCUUGGUCUUUAUUAUAAUAAAAACAGAAAAACACCAAAAAAAAUUUAAUUCUUAUCUUCUGUC